AUGAAGAGGUUUCUAAAGACAAUUCAGGGCUAUUACGUCGAUCGACCAGGACACGAGUUCGUCAAAUGGCAUGACUACAGCGUAUUUUGUGACAAUUUCGGGGACAAAGACGUGAACUCUGCCGAAAGCUGGGCUCAGGUGACACCCGGUAUGAGAGUGAGAAUGGCGGUUAUGAAGUGGCACGUUCAAGGAAACGGGAUCAUCCAAAAAUACACCUGUCCUCGUCCUAAAUGCAAGCGCACCAUCGAUCUGGAGAACGCGGUCGGUUGGGCAGAGUGCCCAGGUUGUGAUCAAAGAAUUCAGGUAACAAGUACAGUCAAGGUCGGAUACACGAGGCGCUCUUUUCAUUGGAAGUAUAUGUUUAUGGGCUUUCCACCCACAUUCGUCGACAACAGUGAUCGUUACAGGGCGGUUCAUGUCUACGUCAGGCCUGUACGUUGCUAG